AUGAAUUUAAAACAAUAUAACUUACUCUUUUAUAUAUUCUGCUUAUGUUUUUUUUUUUUAUUAAUUUAACUCAUUUUUUUAUUUUCAUUUUGUUUUUAAUAUUAAGUAAUCCAUUUCUUUUUAUUUAAUAUUUUUUCUUCAUUUUUUGAUUCUAACAAACUAACAACAUAUUUUUCUCUUUAAUAUAUAAAAAGAUGCAAUUAAAUAGAUGAUAAAGGUGUAAUAGGCUUAUGUUUUGGUUUGGGAAAGUGCAUUAAUCUCUCAAAUUUGAAACUUAAACUUGAGUAAAAAAAAACAUUUAAUUAUUUUGUUUUGGAUUGUUAUUCUUUUUAAUAAAAAAAAUAAAUUUAAAACAAAAUAACUUAUUCUUUUAAUUUAUUUAUUAGAUUUUUAUUUUAUUAAUUUUUCUUUUUUUUCUGCUUGCUUGUUUUAUCUUUCAUUUUUAACUUAACUCUUUUUUUCAUUUUUAACUUUUUCUUUUAUUGUUAAUUAAUUUUCUUAUUAUUUAAUAUUUUUUAUUCUAGCUAAAUUAUCAGCUAUAUAUUAUUUCUUCAAAACUUAAAAAGUUAAAAUUAAAUUGGUGAUGAAGGUACACUAGGUUUAGGUUCUAGCUUAACAAACUGCAGUAAUCUCUCAAAUUUGGCAAUUGAUCUUGCGUAAAAAUAUUAUUUGUUUUGA